AUGGGCCACCCCUCUCUCAUAUUUGGUGCCGCAUCCACUGGAAUGUAUUUCAGCACCAAAGAAACCGUGCAAGAUGCUCUCGAAGUUUUUAAUGCGUUGAAUAUUUCUCAGAUCGAUACCGCUGGAAGAUAUCCACCCACGAAUCACGGAAGAUCCGAGGAGCUACUUGGAGAAGUAGGAGCUGCAUCUCAAGGCUUUUCUAUCAGUACGAAGAUUCUUGCUACAAACCUUAAUUUUGGAAGUGGUGAGCUUGAAGCUCCGGCUAUACGGAAGUCGCUUGACAGAAGUUUUAAGUGUUUGGGCGUUGACCAGGUCGACAUUUUAUAUUGUCAUCAACCUGAUCCAACGACUCCGUUGAAAGAACAAGCAGCAGCCCUCAACGACCAUUUCCAAAAAGGAUCUUUCAAGAGGCUCGGAGUUUCCAACUUCUCUGCUAAGUUACUUCAAGAAUUCAUCCAAAUAUGCGAGGAAAAUGGCUUCGUGAAACCGUCUUUACUGCCUAUCCUCCGAGCACACUUGAUAUCUUUUUUUGCAUUUAGAGCUCUAGCGGCAGGUUUCCUAACCGGAAACUUCAGCGCGGGAAAAUCCGACGGCACCCGAUUCAGCGACGGGCAUCCACUCGGAAAAGCAUUUCAAAACCUCUAUGGAGCUCCUAGAUUGCAACAAGCGAUGAAGAAUCUAGAGACUAUUUUAGCACCAUUAGGUAUUUCUGGAAGAGAAGCUAGCUUGAAAUGGAUUUACCAUCAUUCGAAACUGGGAGAUGGGGAUGGGAUCAUUCUGGGUGCUAGAAAAAUUUCUCAGAUAAGAGAGAAUGUUAUGAGUAUAUCUGCUGGACCGCUGUCUGAGGAGGUGGUGCAGAAGAUCGAAGGGAUUUGGGAUUUGUUGGCCGAGGAUAGAGGUGAAAUUUUGUAG